AUGCUGCUUUUAGAUGGUACGAGGUAGACGGUAAACCCGGAUGUCAUUGUUUUCAAUGAGAGCACGACGGUUAAUGCGGUCAGCCGCCACCGUAAGACGGGCCUUGCCGAGAGAGUAAGAAUAUUUCAACUUUUGCCGUCUGUCGUAGCGUUAUUUUCUACCGGAUGUUGAUUUGCACUGUUUCGUUUACUGUAAUCACCACAGCAACGCAUACUGGCUUGGUUUUGCUGUCACCGUCCGUCUUGCUUUCUUGUCCGGCUAUGCCGCCUGGUAUGAAGAUUUUUUUGCGUCCCUCAUCUAAACGUAGCAUUAGUUAUGCUAUGGCUUUGCUAAACUUUCGCAGUAGUUAAGUAGCUAACUAGUAUUUGCCAAAAGAACGUGCGAGUAUCAUCGUUGACCGUGCAAGACCUUGGAGACACAACCUAAACAUCUAGCUAGUAACUUGUGUAGCACAUGGAUAUGAUUGUGGACUACAGGAAAAGGAGGACUGAGCAUGCCCCCAUUCUCAUCGACAGGGCUGUAGUGGAGCAGGUUGAGAGCUUCAGGUUCCUUGGUGUCCACAUCACCAACAAACUAUCAUGGUCCAAACACACCAAGACAGUCAUGAAGAGGGCAUGACAAAGCCCAUUUCCCCCUCAGGAGACUGAAAAGAUUUUGCAUGGGUCCUCAGAUCCUCAAAAAGUUAUACAGCUGCACCAUCGAGAGCAUCCUGACUGGUUGCAUCACCGCCUGGUAUGGCAACUGCUCAGCCUCUGACCGCAAGGCACUACAGAGGGUAGUCCGUAUGGCCCAGUACAUCACUGGGGCCAAGCUUCCUGCAAUCCAGGACCUCUAUACCAGGCAGUGUCAGAGGAAGGCCCUAAAAAUUGCCAAAGACUCCAGCCACCCUAGUCAUAGACUGUUCUCUCUGCUACCGCACGGCAAGCGGUAUCGGAGCGCCAAGUCUAGGUCCAAGAGGCUUCUAAACAGCUUCUACCCCCAAGCCAUAAGACUCCUGAACAUCUAAUGAAAUGGCUACCCGGACUAUUUGCAUUGCCCCCCCCCCCCCCUCUUUUACACUGCUGCUACUCUCUGUUAUUAUCUAUGCAUAGUCACUUUACCCCUACCUACAUGUACACAUUACCUCAUAUUAUCCUUUUCCAGGACACAGACGGACACUGGGAGAGGAUCAUGUUUACGUUGACUCUAGCCCUUCUGGGACUCGGUAUAGGACUGGUGGCUAAUGCUUUCCCCACUCAGCAGCCUGAAAACGGGAAGAACUGGGUGGUGAUUGUCGCUGGCUCCAAUGGCUGGUACAACUACAGACACCAGGUAAGAGUGAAGUUCAAGUUAGUACAUGUACAAUCUGUUACCACAUUUACACUUAAUCAGUAGAGUGAGUAUUUACUGUAGGCUAUUUGAGACUAUGCACACAGACCUGCCAGUGGCCUCCUACUAUGUAGUUACAGCAUUGUAUCAAGCGUUGCUGGAAAAGAAAGUUACAUAAUAAUCAUUAAACACAAUAUACUCAAUAAGCCCCCAAUCUCCUCAGUUGAUUUUCAAUUAUCAGAAUGUGAUGGAGCUCAUUCGUUGACUUGCAGUACCUUAUUUAUCUUCCUAGGCUGACGCGUGCCAUGCGUACCAGAUCGUCCACAAGAAUGGCAUCCCUGACGAGCAGAUUGUUGUGAUGAUGUAUGAUGAUCUGGCAACCAAUGAGGAGUGAGUAUUUAUCUUCCUUGUUAUUUCUGUUCUCCAUCUAAACGGUGUCCUAGGGUUGGGCGACAUCAACAAUUAAUUUAAUCAACCAUCUCUAAGCCUAUAUAUAACGAUAUAAAGGAUGACUGUCAGGACAUAUAUUUAGGGCUUGGUGGUACACAGUAUUUUACUAUACACCGAUAUUGAUGCAUGGACCGGUUUGGGUUUUUACUUUACCUUCUAUAACGGUAUUUGAAUGUUUGGUUUGUUAAAUGUGAUAUGCCUCCAUUUGUUGUUGCUUGACCACAAGACACUUGCGUUCAGUCUGUAUGGUCAAUUCACCACAUGCAACAAUGUUGAUGAAAACGAUGUUUCCACUUUUGCUUCUUAAUAUAAAUCCACAAGUGUUCUAUAAUUACACAAUUAGUUUGUGUUUCUUACAUCUGCAAACGGCUAGUUUUGUCUUUUCUUAGCAUGUUUUUGCUUAAUUGUGUUAGCCGCUAAUCGCUAGUUAGCUAGCUAUUUAGCGAGCUAAUAAAUGUACUGUCAGAGCUAACGUAGCUAGUUAAUACAGCCUGUUACCAGUGCUGGUGUAGGCAUGAAUCAGCAUGUUGUUUGUGCAACAGUAUCUUUUAUAAAUCAAAGAGGAAUAGGCGAAGCAUGAAUAUGUUGGCUACAUGAAGAAACAUUUUAAUGUAGCCAAACACUGACCAACACUAUGGUUCCUACCCUGUCACAAUAACUACUUCCUGGCAUUUUCGUUCGUUGUCAUGUCAAACACUAUAUUCAAAGUGCCCAGUAUUUAUUUAUAUUCUAACUAUAGAAUUAGAAUAGAUAUUAUAUUUCCAUGAUUCCAACAGUUCACCCAAUUGAAUUGAUCUAAAUCGCAAGUCAAAUCUCAAUUGCUACAUUUGGUUAAAAAUAAGGCCUGGAGCUUUGGCCCAUAUCGUACAGCCCUACGUGGCAGUGUGGAAAUUGUCUCAAAUGAGUGUAGGAAAUGCAGAAAUCUAUGAAAAUGCAGGAAAUUAUUUUGGGUUGAAGUUCAAUUGAACAGUAUAUUUUACUUUUUAGUCAUUUUAGCAGACGCUCCUAUCCAGAGCGAUGUACAGUUAGUGAAUGCAUACAUUUUCAUAAAACAAUCACAAUGGAGAACCAUUUGAAAUCACUUAGAAUGUAUGUGUUGCCACCCUAGGGUCACACACUACUCAUAAAGCACAUUUAGAACUUUUAUUAAUCAAAAACAUAAAAUACCGUCAUACUGUUAAACAUUUGAAAAAUAUUGUGAUAUGAUAUUUUGGCCAUAUCGCCCAGCCAUACAUAUAUUCUCACCAUAGCCGUACAGUCCUCUCAGCAUGAGACCGUUAGUACGAGUUUGUUCUGCAAUAGUUGCGUUCUUGAGACGAAAGCAGAGCAUAAACAUCAUCCUUGCUUUGGAUGCACAGAUGGGCCUAAACCCUGUCCUCACAUGGCUUUGGUAUGCAGACAGCCAGGCCCUGUGCUUGUCUAUAAGCUGCUUUCAGACCCUAGGGUAAACAUCUUGGAACUCUGAGAUGCUUCUGUGGCAGUCACAAGGAUGUCAUUUAGCCUGCUCUCCUCUCGCCUGGGAGUUAUGGGCCCUAGAUGGGAGACAGGAGACUCAUGAGCUGGGUUAGAUGCUGAAGAUGAUGAUCUAAAAAUCUGAUUGUGUCAUUCUCUCUAAUUGUUUAGUAGUUCGUAGCAACAUCGGUCAUCGGUAAGUCAUAAUUUUUUAUUUUUUUAUUUUAUUUCACCAUUAUUUAACCAGGUAAGCCAGUUGAGAACAGGUUCUCAUUUACAACUGCGACCUGGCCAAGAUAAAGCAAAGUAGUGCAAUAAAAACAACACAGAGUUACAUAUGGGGUAAAAAAAACAAAGUCAGAAAUACAACAGAAAAUAUAUAUACAGUGUGUGCAAAUGUAGCAAGUUAUGGAGGUAAGGCAAUAAAUAGGCUAUAGUGCAGAAUAAUUACAAUAGUAUUAACACUGGAAUGCUAGAUGUGCAAGAGAUGAUGUGCAAAUAGAGAUACUGGGGUGCAAAAGAGCAAAAUAAAUAACAAUAUAGGGAUGAGGUAGUUGGGUGGGCUAAUUUCAGAUGGGCUGUGUACAGGUGCAGUGAUCGGUAAGGUGCUCUGAUAACUGAUGCUUAAAGCAGUUAUUGGAGCUGUUCAUCUGUCAUUGAAUGACACAUCACUAGAUAGACUUUGUUACACUUUCAUUGACCUACUUUGAUGCAGGAGGUGUCUUGAUGUCGGUCAAAACCUUUUUGAGUUUUUACUGUUGUCGUGACGUGACUUGAACAUUAAUCUGAAGACUGUUAUCUCUAAUUAACUAACUAUGUGUUAUUAUAAUUAUUUAACAAACUAUUUCAGUGUCUCUGUGCGUCUCCCAAAAGGUUGUGCGGCUUUUGGAUCAAGAAAAGGACAGAGCUCCCAGUUGCAAUAGUCAGAUAUCUUUAUUCAUUGAGAAUUCUGCCACAAAAUGGUCAUACAAUAUGUUUUUAUACGCACACGUCAUGCAAAACUCCCACCCCUCUGUAGGCGGGCUGUAGUUUUCCACUUUAAAACUGCUCUCCUGACCAUCAGUUCACACACAUACACACACACACACACACAUACAUACAUACAUACAUACACACACACAUUUCCUUAUCAUAGUCUCUCUCCUCCCUAAAUUGGGAGGCCUCUUUAUCUUGGUUUCUCAGUUGUCUGUAGACAGUUCUCAUUGUCCUUUGUUGUCUGGCCUAACUCUUACUCACAUUGCUAAAUAGUAGCACAAGGUCAUAAUCUUUACUGGUCCUACACUCACACAUUACCAGGUAGUAGAUUCUAACACAUCUCACACAGUUUCAGAGUGUAAUAAUUAGUCACUACCAAGAAAGUACUAAUCAUACUUAAAACAAGAACAUUUCACAACUAUAUUUAAGGAUGGAACAUUUAGUCAUUACUUUUAACCUGUAUAUAUUUUAAUUUCUAUAUCACUAUGUUUAAUUGUUACCCGAUUUUUAAAUGAAUCAUGUAACAAUUAACUAAUUAGGAUCUGGGGCACCACGAGAGCAGUUCUUUAAAAGAGUCACCAUCUCCCGAGAUGAUAAACUCUAAAAGGUCUUCACCUAUCACAUCUAUAAACAGUCAACUUAUUAAUCAUAACCUCGUAUCCGUAUGAAAAAAAAAAAAAUGUAUGCACUAACUGUAAGUCGCUCUGGAUAAGAGCGUCUGCUAAAUGACUAAAAUGUAUCAUAUCAUCGUUCUGAAAGUCAUAACCUCCUUGCAUCUGCAAAAACCCGAGCCUUACUUAUGAUUCAAUACCACACAAAUUGGUUUAAUGAUUUUAUUUACUAGCUAAUUAAAUGGGAACACAGGAUAAACAUGCACCGGUUAUUGACUGGCGAAAACAGGUCCCUAGCGGAAUGACAACAACAUGGCUUCUUUUUAAACAGAAGACAAUGAGAGAUAGAAAGAGAGGGACAGAGACACUUAACCUUGACGCAUUCAGAAACGACUCUCACCUACAGUAAUUACAUACUUGGUACACGAACCGCCGCCCGCUUUGAGUAAGAAAUCAUGAAUGGAUUUACAUGAAAUGUCUUCGUUCGCCGUGUAUCUCUCUCGGUGGACAGGACCGCCCUGGAAAGGGAGUUGGGCCUUCUCACGGCACGCUUGUAAGGCUCUGAUUGUCCAAAAAGGUCAUGACACUGUCCAGUGACUACGUUCUUAUGUCCCCUGUCACUUCUAUUGAUCCAUGUUGAUCCUGUAAUGUUUAUUACAUCAACGUUCUGCUCUACUGUACUCUGUCAAGUAGUCUUAAGGAUUAACCCUGUCAAGUAGGCUUAAGGAUUAACCCUGUCAAGUAGGCUUAAGGAUUAACCCUGUCAAGUAGUCUUAAGGAUUAACCCUGUCAAGUAGCUUAAGGAUUAACCCUGUCAAGUAGGCUUAAGGAUUAACCCUGUCAAGUAGGCUUAAGGAUUAACCUGUCAGUAGCUUAAGGAUUAACCCUGUCAAGUAGGCUUAAGGAUUAACCCUGUCAAGUAGGCUUAAGGAUUAACCCUGUCAAGUAGCUUAAGGAUUAACCCUGUCAGUAGUAGCGUCGUAAGAUUAACCCUGUCAAGUAGGCUAAGGAUUAACCCUGUCAAGUAGGCUUAAGGAUUAACCCUGUCAAGUAGGCUUAAGGAUUAACCCUGUCAAGUAGGCUUAAGGAUUAACCCUGUCAAGUAGGCUUAAGGAUUAACCCUGUCAAGUAGGCUUAAGGAUUAACCCUGUCAAGUAGGCUUAAGGAUUAACCCUGUCAAGUAGGCUUAAGGAUUAACCCUGUCGAGUAGGCUUAAGGAUUAACCCUGUCGAGUAGGCUUAAGGAUUAACCCUGUCGAGUAGUCUUAAGGAUUAACCCUGUCAAGUAGGCUUAAGGAUUAACCCUGUCAAGUAGGCUUAAGGAUUAACCCUGUCAAGUAGGCUUAAGGAUUAACCCUGUCAAGUAGGCUUAAGGAUUAACUCUGAAUUGAAACAAACAUCAGGGACGACAGAAUCAUGAUGCUUAGGGUUUCGGUAUCUUGAACUACGGUUGGACUGAAUGACACCGUGAUUCCUGUUAUUGGAGGAAAGAGGAAGUGAUACUGUGGUUUUGAUAAGGAGACUAUUCAUAUUACCAAGCUGUCAUACGUCUGUCACCUAAGCGCCAUCAUCACUGGCAUUGGAAUUAUCCAUAUAUUACAGUGCUAUUGGGUAUUGUCAUAGAGUACAUGUUUUACAGUACCCCCACCCCCCACCCCCCACCCCACACACACACACACACACAGAUCAGCCACAGUACACUACCCCGGAGGUAGUUUUGGGUUAAGUGCUUUGCUUAAGGUCACGUUGGAAGGGAAUGUAUGGUUGUCCUGUAGGGUUUUACGGUCAUAUAAUAGAUGGUCUGUCCUGUGUUGCCUCCAGGCAUGUAUCUGAUUCAGGUUAUUUACACUGUUUGUUUUCAGGAACCCCACCCCAGGGGAGGUGAUCAACAGACCCAAUGGGACAGACGUCUACAAGGGAGUCCCCAAAGACUAUACCGGAGAGGUGAGUGGAUGGAACAUUUUUAAAAUGACUCUUUUUUUUUUGUGUGUAUGGAGCUAAUAUCACUAUCAACAACAAUCAAUGGUUUUAUACAAAAUAAACUGCUGAGAUAUUACAUUACAUUACGGUCAUUUAGCAGACGCUCUUAUCCAGAGCGACUUACAGGAGCAAUUAGGGUUAAGUGCCUUGCUCAAGGGCACAUCGGCAGAUUUUUCACCUAGUCGGCUCGGGGAUUAGAACCAGCGACCUUUCGGUUACUGAUAUCUUCUGGGUACAAACAGUACUAGUGUAAUGUUCACUAUCAUGUCAUGUUUAGUUUUCUGUCUCCUAAUGACCUGUUUGUACCCUGCAGGCUGUGACCUCUGACAACUUCCUGGCGGUGCUGAAGGGGGACUCUGCAAGUACAAAGGGGGGUUCUGGGAAUGUGCUGAAGAGGCAAGUAAUGAGAGGUGAAAAGGGUUUGAGGGAGGGAAUGGAGGAGGGUUGGAAUAUAUCAUAGAAAUGCCACUGUAGGGGAGAGUUAUUCCAAAACGUUUAAGGUAGACUUCUAAAAUGACAUGAAAAUCAUUGUUAGAACAACGAUAUAUUGUAUCGUUAUAACGUUUCUGGACAGAAUGUUUCAUUGUUUUGUUUUUUCAGGGGAACGUUUCCAUAGUUUACUUGUGUUCGCUGGAAAAUGUGAUUGUGUCGUCUUUCAGUUGACCUUUGUUCAAAGAAAGCUUGUUCCACUUACCUUUCUCUUCCUGUUGGCAGCGGUCCCAACGAUCAUGUGUUUGUGUACUUCACGGAUCACGGAGCGCCUGGUCUGCUGGCCUUCCCCAAUGAUGAUGUAAACACUUUUACACUUCCUGUCACAAUGGCUCCCUAUUCCCAGGGCCCUGGCCAAAAGUAGUGCACUAUAUAGGGAGCCAUUUGGGACACUUCUUCCUCUUCAAAUGGAUGGCUGGAUGAAUGACCUAGUUCUGCCCUGUGAAAUAGACAGCUGCCAUAUAGCCAUUUUACAUUUAAGUCAUUUUAGCAGACGCUCUUAUCCAGAGCGACUUACAGUUAGUGAGUACAUACAUUUUUCAUACUGGCCCCCCGUGGGAAUCGAACCAACAACCCUGGCGUUGCAAACGCCAUGCUCUACCAACUGAGCUACACGGGACUGUGUUUUAACUGCCAUUCAGAACAGUUUAUGAGUCUAUCAUAAAGGUCUAAUAUUUAAGCCUGGAUGAAUAAAAGUAAUGUUCUCUUGUGAUUUACUUUUGUGGCUUGACCUCAUGGGGUCUAGUGCCUCUUUUUGGUUUUUAAGCUAAAAAUAAAUUUUAUUGUACUGGGGAAAAAAAACACAAAUGAAAUUAAGUUUUGUGAAUUAAAUGGUCUGUUUUAUUUUUUUCUUUCUACAGCUUCAUGUUGCCGACCUCAUGGCUGCUAUCAACUACAUGCAUGAGAACAAUAAAUACAAAAAGGUGCGGAAGUUCAACUUGUUAUAGUUUGUGGACAUGGAGGACAUAUCGUCACAUGCCCAGACGUGCUGCAAGUUGAUGAAAUCCUGUGGAACAACAUGCCAAAAUGACGUUAAUGUUGAUCUUAGACUAAAGGUAUUCUGAUUGAUAGUACAGGAAUAUUUGUAUUUGUAUUAUGGAUCCCCAUUAGUUCCUGCCAAGGCAGCAGCAGCUACUCUUCCUGGGGUUUAUUAUGGAUCCCCAUUAGUUCCUGCCAAGGCAGCAGCUACUCUUCCUGGGGUUUAUUAUGGAUCCCCAUUAGUUCCUGCCAAGGCAGCAGCUACUCUUCCUGGGGUUUAUUAUGGAUCCCCAUUAGUUCCUGCCAAGGCAGCAGCUACUCUUCCUGGGGUUUAUUAUGGAUCCCCAUUAGUUCCUGCCAAGGCAGCAGCUACUCUUCCUGGGGUUUAUUAUGGAUCCCCCAUUAGUUCCUGCCAAGGCAGCAGCUACUCUCCUGGGGGGUUUAUUAUGGAUCCCCAUUAGUUCCUGCCAAGACAGCAGCUACUCUUCCUGGGGUUUAUUAUGGAUCCCCAUUAGUUCCUGCCAAGGCAGCAGCUACUCUUCCUGGGGUUUAUUAUGGAUCCCCAUUAGUUUCUGCCAAGGCAGCAGCUACUCUUCCUGGGGUUUAUUAUGGAUCCCCAUUAGUUUCUGCCAAGGCAGCAGCUACUCUUCCUGGGGUUUAUUAUGGAUCCCCAUUAGUUUCUGCCAAGGCAGCAGCUACUCUUCCUGGGGUUUAUUAUGGAUCCCCAUUAGUUUCUGCCAAGGCAGCAGCUACUCUUCCUGGGGUUUAUUAUGGAUCCCCAUUAGUUCCUGCCAAGGCAGCAGCUACUCUUCCUGGGGACCAAACACAUUAAAGCACUUACAUUACAUAUAAAACAAAAGAUAAAACAGUACAUCAUAUAACAUUUAUUACACCACUACAUAUCUACAAUACAAAAUGUUUAAUACCACCAUACAACAAUAUUACAAUGUACGUGUGUGUAGAGUGCGUGUUGUAGCGUUUGUAUGCGUGUGUCUGUACCAUUGUGUCUCUUCACAGUCCCCGCUGUUCCAUAACAUGCUGACCACACCGCGAGCGUUGUCGAAAUAAAUGUACACAUACAUGUUAUUUAAUAAUUUCAUCCAGACUGCUCGCGCGCGUCAACGAGCGUCUGCGUAACCAGACGGCUAAAAUAGUCCUGCCUCUCCCAUCGCCUCAUUUGGUUUUUAAGAGCACAUACCCACGUGGGUGAUUUGAAAGGUGAACUGAGGUACACACUCCAGUCCAGUUGGUGGUGGUAAUGCACCUUAAAGUCGGUUGCCAACCGCCAAAUAAAGUCCAAUGAAGAAGAAGCCUGAAGGAGGAGAGAUUACUAGAAACAAACUCUGUUUACCCUUUUAUCUGUAUAUUAAUUAAUAAUAAUAUGCCAUUUAGCAGACGCUUUUAUCCAAAGCGACUUACAGUCAUGUGUGCGUACAUUUUUACGUAUGGGUGGUCCCGGGGAUCGAACCCACUACCCUGGCGUUACAAGCGCCAUGCUCUACCAAUUGAGCUAAUUGUCGGAGUAGAGGACCUUGUGCAUUUCAGGUAAAAUAACAACCCAAUGUUUAUAUCCCAGGACAAAUUAGCUAGCAACAGCAAGCUAGCUAGCUAAAUUGCCAUGAAUGUUUUUGACCUGUCUCCAAAUUUAAUAUAGUUGGUUCAGAGUUUGUCUUGGUAUUUCAACCUGCGUGUCCUGAUCGCGUCGCGUGUGGAUGGACAAAAUCAACAUGCGUGUGCGAUGGCGGACACGGAUGCACGCGUGUACCCGUUCUGGUCAGCAUGUUAGGUGUGUUUUUUUUAUCUGUUUUCAAAAAAAAUCUGAUUUUGAUUUUAAAUCUGAUUCUACUAUAUUGCGAGCAUCAAACUUGUUUUAUGACUCAGAUUGUUUAUUCAUGAUUUUCUUCUCAGUUCUCCAGUUGAUUUAAAUAUUGUGGAGAGCAUGAUGUCAUAGAGGUAUUUCCAUUGAUAGGACAGGAGAAUGUGGUAUCGACUGACUGCAUGAUGUCAUAGAGGUAUGUCCAUUGAUAGGACAGGAGAGUGUGGAAUCGACUGACUGCAUGAUGUCAUAGAGGUAUUUCCAUUGAUAGUACAGGAGAAUGUGGUAUCGACUGACUCCACUUGUUUUCAGUUGGUGUUCUAUAUCGAGGCCUGUGAGUCAGGAUCAAUGAUGACCAAGCUGCCCGCUGACAUCGAUGGUGAGUUACUCUGCCGCUGCACUUGAACCUCCCUGUGACUCUACCACUUUCCAGGAACGAAACCCGACCACACGGAUAUCAAUAAAUAAAAGAUGCACUUGACCGUUCCUCGUGAUAAGGUUGACCGUUCCUCGUGACUGUGACUAGGUUGACCGUUCCUCAUGACUGUGACUAGGUUGACCGUUCCUCGUGACUAGGUUGACCGUUCCUCGUGACUAGGUUGACCGUUCCUUGUGACUAGGUUGACCGUUCCUCGUGACUGUGGGCAAGGUUGACCGUUCCUCGUGAUUGUGGCAAGGUUGACCGUUCCUCGUGAUUGUGGCAAGGUUGACCAUUCCUCGUGAUUGUGGCAAGGUUGACCGUUCCUCGUGACUGUGGCAAGGUUGACCGCUCUUUGACCGUUCCUUAACUCUGCCCCUAGACACAUCACAGGACUUGUCCUGUCUAUAGACUGUCGUAGUCAGCUCUUUUUAAAUAUGCCUACGACGAUAAUAUGGGCUCCUCACCAUAUUAUUCCUGGUUAACGUUUACACUGCUGGGGAUUGGCCAAUCUGGAUGGGGCAUAUUGACAUGUUUCUUAUAGAAGAAAUAUGAAAAGCAUAUACAUAAGCAUGGUAGCAAUUGAAAGGAACAGUUUGGAGAUUAUGGGAAAAUUAUUAAACGAGUUGAGGACACAACAGUUCACCUGACUCCAGACUGAAUCCAAACAUUACGCUUUUGAUUUUAUAUGCAUUUUACAUUUACAGUACUUUUCGCCACAUUUUGUUGAUAAUGAAAUCUUAAAAUACUCUGGAUUCAUUCAGUAACAUUAUUAGAAUAUUCAUGGGACAUUUGUGGUUGGUGCAACAUUUUUUUUAAAUGCCAAGGGUUUGAGUGAGAGGAUUAACUGGUGUCUCCAAGUGGCCACACACCUCUCCAAAGUGUGCACAGUUUCUAAGUAAUUUCAAUGCACUUUUAUGACUCAAGAGUCUUCAACUAGAAGGUGCUAUUUUAAGCUCUCCUAGCUGUGCCAUUGAGGAACUAGAGCAGGCAGACUUGUUGUUUUGAACACAGCCCUGCAUCCCCGCCAUCACAGCCCUGCAUCCCCGCCAUCACAGUUACUGUUGUUGUUUUGAACACAGCCCUGCAUCCCCGCUAUCACAGUUACUGUUGUUUACGCAUUCCAAAAAACGGCCCAUUAUAAAUCGCAAUCUGGGUCAGGCUUGUUCUAUUGCCAACAUGACUAGCGAAGUUUGAUAUGUAUCCUACAGGGGGCUCCCGAGUGGCGCAGCGGUCUAAGGCACUGCAUCUCAGUGCUUGAGGCGUCACUACAGACCCCCUGGUUCGAUUCCAGGCUGUAUCACAACCGGCCGUGAUUGGGAGUCCCAUAGGGCGGCGCACAAUUGGCCCAGCGUCGUCCGGGUUUGGCCGGUGUAGGCCGUCAUUGUAAAUAAGAAUUUGUUCUUAACUGACUUGCCUAGUUAAAUAAAGGUAAAAUACAAAAAUACAAAAAAGUGUCAGGCUUUCACAAGGCAAUUCAGAGAAACCGAUCGUGAUUUUGGUGUGCGUAUAAAAGAGUCAUGAGUGUUCUGCUGCACAUGUUCUUCAGAAUAGACAAACAGGCUCAUUCAGUUCAGAACAUCCCACUGCAUGACGCCAUGUUAUCUGGUAACUGUACAUCAAACGUAGUGAUCGUAGACGUUGACACUGUAUAUGACAUGAGUUUUAUGAUAUGGAAAUUGGCUUCCUAGUACGACAUCAAAGCGGUAUUUAUUAUAAUCCUCCACGUCUCAUCUUUCAGAACACACAGUCCUCUCAAAUUCAGAAAAGCUGUAAGUCGGUGUCUGAUAAAUCUCUAUCUACCUGUCUGAUUAAUCGGUCUGUCUCUACCUGUCUGAUUAAUCGGUCUGUCUCUACCUGUCUGAUAAAUCGGUCUGUCUCUACCUGUCUGAUAAAUCGGUCUCUCUACCUGUCUGAUAAAUUGGUCUCUCUACCUGUCUGAUAAAUUGGUCUCUCUCUACCUGUCUGAUAAAUCGGUCUCUCUCUACCUGUCUGAUUAAUCGGUCUGUCUCUACCUGUCUGAUAAAUCGGUCUCUCUCUACCUGUCUGAUUAAUCGGUCUGUCUCUACCUGUCUGAUUAAUCGGUCUCUCUACCUGUCUGAUAAAUCGGUCUCUCUCUACCUGUCUGAUAAAUCGGUCUCUCUCUACCUGUCUGAUAAAUCGGUCUCUCUCUCCUUCAGUGUAUGCCACCACAGCAGCCAACUCUCAUGAGUCGUCCUAUGCUUGCUACUAUGAUGAGGAGAGAGACACCUACCUGGGGGACUGGUACAGUGUUAACUGGAUGGAGGACUCUGAUGUGGUGAGACUGGGACAGUGUUAACUGGAUGGAAGACUGUGGUGAGACUGGGACAGUGUUAACUGGAUGGAAGACUGAUGUGGUGAGACUGGGACAGUGUUAACUGGAUGGAAGACUGAUGUGGUGAGACUGGGACAGUGUUAACUGGAUGGAAGACUGUGGUGAGACUGGUAGAGUGUUAACUGGAUGGAAGACUGUGGUGAGACUGGGACAGUGUUAACUGGAUGGAAGACUGAUGUGGUGAGACUGGGACAGUGUUAACUGGAUGGAAGACUGAUGUGGUGAGACUGGGACAGUGUUAACUGGAUGGAAGACUGUGGUGAGACUGGUAGAGUGUUAACUGGAUGGAAGACUGUGGUGAGACUGGGACAGUGUUAACUGGAUGGAAGACUGAUGUGGUGAGACUGGGACAGUGUUAACUGGAUGGAAGACUGUGGUGAGACUGGUAGAGUGUUAACUGGAUGGAAGACUGAUGUGGUGAGACUGGGACAUUGUUAACUGGAUGGAAGACUGUGGUGCUGCUUCACGUCUGAACACAACUUCUGAUUCCUUAGAAAAAGUGGAAAGCACACGCCUCAACAAGAAUGUUUCUGAACAAUGUCAUCUGUUAACCAUUCAUAUUUACUGAUUGUGUUUUGUUUUUUUAACAAAAUUAUAGAUUCAUAAAAAUGAAGUAUUCGGAUCAGACUCAAAUAGCUGCACAUAGUAGUUUCUGUUAUGAAUGUCUUUGUCUACCUGACUGUUGUCCAGGAGGACCUGAGGAAGGAGACCCUGAUGAAACAGUUCAAGAUGGUCAGGAGCCGAACCAACAGCAGCCACGUCAUGCAGUUUGGAAACAAGGUGAUGGAUUCAGAGGGAAGACGAACCGAAUUCCCAUUUGAAAUGGCUAGCGACGACGAGUCGCAAUAUAUUCUGGAAAAGCUUCAAAUCUAUUCUGUCUAGCUUUAAAUCUAAAAGAAAAGUUAACUAGGAUAAUAUAUCAUAUCUACCACUUAGCAGACACUUUUUUUUUUCUUUUUUUUAUUCAAAGAGACUUAAAAUACAGUGAGCAUACAUUUAUAGCAUGUGUAGCUCCUCCCUCUUAAUAACUGGGUGUCUCUGUGUUAAUAACUGGGUGGCUCUGUGUUAAUAACUGGGUGGCUCUGUGUUAAUAACUGGGUGGCUCUGUGUUAAUAACUGGGUGUGUCUGUGUUAAUAACUGGGUGUGUCUGUGUUAAUAACUGGGUGUCUCUGUGUUAAUAACUGGGUGUCUCUGUGUUAAUAACUGGGUGUCUCUGUGUUAAUAACUGGGUGUCUCUGUGUUAAUAACUGUGUGUCUCUGUGUUAAUAACUGGGUGUCUCUGUGUUAAUAACUGGGUGUCUCUGUGUUAAUAACUGGGUGUGUCUGUGUUAAUAACUGGGUGUGUCUGUGUUAAUAACUGGGUGUGUCUGUGUUAAUAACUGGGUGGCUCUGUGUUAAUGACUGGGUGGCUCUGUGUUAAUAACUGGGUGGCUCUGUGUUAAUAACUGGGUGGCUCUGUGUUAAUAACUGGGUGGCUCUGUGUUAAUAACUGGGUGGCUCUGUGUUAAUAACUGGGUGGCUCUGUGUUAAUAACUGGGUGGCUCUGUGUUAAUAACUGGGUGGCUCUGUGUUAAUAACUGGGUGGCUCUGUGUUAAUAACUGGGUGGCUCUGUGUUAAUAACUGGGUGGCUCUGUGUUAAUAACUGGGUGGCUCUGUGUUAAUAACUGGGUGGCUCUGUGUUAAUAACUGGGUGGCUCUGUGUUAAUAACUGGGUGGCUCUGUGUUAAUAACUGGGUGGCUCUGUGUUAAUAACUGGGUGGCUCUGUGUUAAUAACUGGGUGGCUCUGUGUUAAUAACUGGGUGGCUCUGUGUUAAUAACUGGGUGGCUCUGUGUUAAUAACUGGGUGUGUCUCUCUGUGUUAAUAACUGGGUGUGUCUCUCUGUGUUAAUAACUGGGUGUGUCUCUCUGUGUUAAUAACUGGGUGUGUCUCUCUGUGUUAAUAACUGGGUGUGUCUCUCUGUGUUAAUAACUGGGUGUGUCUCUCUGUGUUAAUAACUGGGUGUGUCUCUCUGUGUUAAUAACUGGGUGUGUCUCUCUGUGUUAAUAACUGGGUGUGUCUCUCUGUGUAAUAACUGGGUGUGUCUCUCUGUGUUAAUAACUGGGUGUGUCUCUCUGUGUUAAUAACUGGGUGUGUCUCUCUGUGUUAAUAACUGGGUGUGUCUCUCUGUGUUAAUAACUGGGUGUGUCUCUCUGUGUUAAUAACUGGGUGUGUCUCUCUGUGUUAAUAACUGGGUGUGUCUCUCUGUGUUAAUAACCUGGGUGUGUCGCUCUGUGUUAAUAAACUGGGUGUGUCGCUCUGUGUUAAUAACUGGGUGUGUCGCUCUGUGUUAAUAACUGGGUGUGUCGCUCUGUGUUAAUAACUGGGUGUGUCGCUCUGUGUUAAUAACUGGGUGUGUCGCUCUGUGUUAAUAACUGGGUGUGUCGCUCUGUGUUAAUAACUGGGUGUGUCGCUCUGUGUUAAUAACUGGGUGUGUCGCUCUGUGUUAAUAACUGGGUGUGUCGCUCUGUGUUAAUAACUGGGUGUGUCGCUCUGUGUUAAUAACUGGGUGUGUCGCUCUGUGUUAAUAACUGGGUGUGUCGCUCUGUGUUAAUAACUGGGUGUGUGUCUCUGUGUUAAUAACUGGGUGUGUGUCUCUGUGUUAAUAACUGGGUGUGUGUCUCUGUGUUAAUAACUGGGUGUGUGUCUCUGUGUUAAUAACUGGGUGUGUGUCUCUGUGUUAAUAACUGGGUGUGUGUCUCUGUGUUAAUAACUGGGUGUGUGUCUCUGUGUUAAUAACUGGGUGUGUGUCUCUGUGUUAAUAACUGGGUGUGUGUCUCUGUGUUAAUAACUGGGUGUGUGUCUCUGUGUUAAUAACUGGGUGUGUCUCUCUGUGUUAAUAACUGGGUGUGUCUCUGUGUUAAUAACUGGGUGUGUGUCUGUGUUAAUAACUGGGUGUGUCUCUGUCUUAAUAACUGGGUGUGUGUCUGUCUUAAUAACUGGGUGUGUGUCUGUCUUAAUAACUGGGUGUGUGUCUGUCUUAAUAACUGGGUGUGUGUCUGUGUUAAUAACUGGGUGUGUGUCUGUGUUAAUAACUGGGUGUGUCUCUGUGUUAAUAACUGGGUGUGUCUCUGUGUUAAUAACUGGGUGUGUCUCUGUGUUAAUAACUGGGUGUCUCUGUGUUAAUAACUGGGUGUCUCUGUGUUGAACCAACUGGGUGUCUCUGUGUUGAACCAACUGGGUGUCUCUGUGUUGAACCAACUAUAACUAUGUUUGUGUGCUCCUUCCCUAGACUCUGGCCCAUAUGAAGGUAAUGGCGUUCCAAGGUAAUGCCAACGCCCAGCCUGCCCCCCCCGUGACCCUGCAGCCCGUAGCGGACCCAGACCUGACCCCCAGCCCUGACGUCCCCCUGGCCAUCCUCAAGAGGAAACUCAUGAACACCAACGACAUCGCCGCAGCCAGGAAGUAUCUCAGCCAGCUCAACUCACACCUCAAGGUAAUGGACAGGAAAUAACGUUGACUUUUAAUGUUGUUUUUUUAGCAGUAUUUAUUUCCUGACAAUCCUGGGUUGUAUUCAUUUGGGCACACCGUAACGGAAACCGACGUGUUCCUCAAUGAAGUUCAGAUGGUACCUCCCCACUUGGCUCUGUUUUGGUUUGUUUUCUGUUUUGUGCCCUAAUGAACAUGACCCAGGCUUUAUCAUAAGAUGCUUCUGUUAUUUCAUAGAAGUGGGGACCUGUUCUGAUUGUCUGUGUCCUGUGUGUCCAAUAGGUGCGUGAGCUGCUGGGAGAGACGAUGCGCAAGGUGGUGGAGUGGGUGACGGGCGACGAGAGACUGACUCGGAGGGUUCUGAGUGACAAGCUGGAUCUGACCCAGGACCAGUGCUACAAGGCUGCUGUCAGACACUACAAGACACAAUGCUUCAACUGGCACACCACUGAGGUACGUACAGCCCGGCCCAGGGUACCCCAGCGCUGA